CAUGUGUCUGUGGUCAACAAGAAGCUGAAUUUGCAGUUUCAACAAAUCUGUUGUGGACCUUGUUUGUGGCAGCCGCCUGGGGGCACAAUAUUUAUCUUUUUUUCGUUCCCACUUCCAUUUGCUCUUUUACCUUGGGAACGGAGCGGACAAGGAGUGGGAAUUUAUUGACCUCCUUCCCUCAUCCUGACCUCACCCACUUUUUCUCAUAUCACCAGUCCUUUCUUUCCCACAACCCUCCUCCUGAUCUCCUCGAUCCCUUUGUGCCCCUUCCACAACCUAAGAGAGUCUCUCAUUCAAUCGUCCUCGAUCGCAUCCUCAACUCCAUCGACACGUCCUACCGAAACCAUGGCUGCCCCAGCCGUGGCUGCAGAUGCCUCCAAGGCUCGCCCUGCCGGUGCUGAUAUCAAGAAGCCUCAUAUCACAGAGACGCCAAUGACCUGGUCGAACUGGCACAAGCAUGUUAACUGGCUGAACGUCACGCUGAUCCUUCUCAUUCCUCUGUAUGGUUGUGUUCAAGCGUUCUGGGUUCCCCUCCAGCUCAAGACCGCUAUCUGGGCUAUUGCGUAUUAUUAUAUGACCGGUAUUGGUAUCACCGCUGGUUACCAUCGUCUUUGGGCUCACUGCUCGUAUUCUGCCACCCUUCCCUUGAGAAUCUACCUGGCUGCCGUUGGAGGAGGUGCCGUCGAAGGAUCGGUCAGAUGGUGGGCUCGUGAUCACCGUGCCCACCACCGCUAUACGGAUACCGACAAGGACCCUUACUCCGUCCGCAAGGGUCUCCUGUACUCCCACAUUGGCUGGAUGAUCAUGAAGCAGAAUCCAAGACGUAUUGGCCGCACUGACAUCACCGAUCUCAACGAGGACCCAGUCGUCGUCUGGCAGCACAGAAACUACCUCAAGGUCGUCAUCACAAUGGGGUUGAUUGUUCCUAUGCUUGUCAGUGGACUCGGAUGGGGAGACUGGUGGGGUGGUUUCAUCUAUGCUGGUAUCCUUCGAAUCUUCUUUGUCCAGCAGGCUACCUUCUGCGUCAACUCCUUGGCCCAUUACCUGGGAGAACAGCCCUUCGAUGACCGCAACUCUCCCCGUGACCACGUUAUGACUGCCUUGAUCACCAUGGGUGAAGGUUAUCACAACUUCCACCACGAAUUCCCUUCUGACUACCGCAACGCCCUCGAAUGGUAUCAGUAUGACCCAACCAAAUGGAUCAUCUGGGUUUGGAAGCAAGUCGGACUCGCAUACGACUUGAAGCAGUUCCGCGCCAACGAAAUCGAGAAGGGACGCCUCCAGCAGCUCCAGAAGAAGAUCGACCAAAGACGUGCUAAACUCGACUGGGGUAUUCCUCUUGAACAGUUGCCAGUCAUGGAAUGGGACGAGUACGUCGAGCAGGCCAAGAAUGGUCGUGGCCUUAUUGCCGUCGCAGGAGUCGUCCAUGACGUUACCGAUUUCAUCAAGGAUCACCCAGGUGGCAAGGCCAUGAUCAACUCCGGUAUUGGCAAGGACGCAACCGCCAUGUUCAACGGUGGUAUUUACAAUCACUCCAACGCCGCCCACAACCUCCUGUCAACGAUGCGUGUCGGUGUUAUCCGAGGUGGCUGCGAAGUCGAGAUCUGGAAGAGAGCCCAGCAGGAAAAUAAGGAUGUCGAAUCCGUCCGUGACGCUAAUGGAAAGAGAAUCAUUCGUGCGGGCGAGCAAGUGACCAAGCUCCCCGAGCCAGUCCCAAGCGCCGGCGCUGCCUAAUCUGUUCUUAUCCGUGUCUCCGCAUGCUUCUAUCGACUUGUUCUCCACCUUUUUGAUCCCUUGUAAUAAUUGGCGACACGAUUACGGCCGUACAUAGCUGAAGGCUUAUGUGCAUUGUUCUCUUCCAUCCUGCCUUUUUUUAUUUAAUGUCCUCGUUUUGUCCCCCGAUAUUUCCGUCCUCCUGACCUAGAAACACUUCCGAGAAAACUCAAUGCCAUACCAGGGUGGAUGGAUAACAUUUGCUUGGUGUAGGUCAAAAAAAGAAAAGGGAAAAGAAAAGGGGAAAAUUGUUACGAUUAAGUGUUUUCUGAUGUAUCCUGUAUCCUCUUUGUUUUUCCCUGCUCUUCAUGUACCACAUUGUUUUUCUCUCAUCGCUCUUCUCUAUUCCUUUUUUUUUUUUUUUUUCCUUUGGGAGUUCUGGUUUGGAAGGAUCCGGUGCUUUUCUCAUCUUGCUGCAAAAAGGGUUGUUAGAUGGUGUUGAACUUAUUAACCGUACAUUGUCAGAAUAAGAAUCAUCACAGUUUGUUAUCUUUAAGAACU